GGCCGGAGCGGCCGCAGCGGCCGGAGCGCGGUGUCCGCCCCUGGCCCCGGCCGAGCCCCGAGCGGCCCUGGCCCCGUGAUGACUCUGGAGGAGCUGCCCGGGGAGCGCCGCGCCACCGGGAGGAUGGAGCAGGCGGGGGACGCGCUCGAGGAGGUGCUGAGCAAGGCGCUGAGCCAGCGGAGCCUCACCCUGGGCGUCUACGAGGCGGCCAAGCUGCUGAACGUGGACCCCGAUAACGUGGUGCUGUGCCUGCUGGCGGCCGAGGAGGAGGAGGCGGGCGACGCGGCGCUGCAGAUCCACUUCACCCUGCUGCGGGCCUUCUGCUGCGAGAACGACAUCAACAUCCUGCGCGUCAGCAACCCGGCGCGCCUGGCCGAGCUGCUGCUGCCCGCCGCGGGCCCCGACCCGCCCGCAGACCUGCACUGCGUGCUCGUCACGAACCCGCAGGCGUCGCAGUGGAAGGACCCGGCGCUGAGCCAGCUGAUGUGUUUCUGCCGGGAGAGCCGGUACCUGGACCAGUGGGAGCCGGUGAUCAACCUCCCGGAGCGGUGACCCCGGCCCUGCCGCCAGCGCGCACUCUCGCUCAGGAAGGAACUCCCUGCCCCGGCUCCGCGAGGGAAAAUAAAACCCGGCAGCAGCAACACAA